GUGUGACCUUUUUGGCGUGUUUUGCUGACCGUCGGUGUCCUAAAGCCGCCGAUCCUUCGUGUUGACCUUCCCGGUGGGUCGGCGUGGGGGAACACAGUAGACGAUGUGCCCUUUGCGCUUCAUCCUCGUGUUCCUCUCCGCGGCCCUCGCCGGGUUCCUCGCCUGGAAAUCGAUCCGUUCCUCUCCUCCCUCCCUGGUCUCCGAUGAUUCCCACGAGAUCGACACCCCCUGUGACGACUCCUCCAUCAAAGCCCGAAUCUUUCGAGCUGGAAAGGCGAUUGAGAAUGGGUUCUGGGUGUUUCUUGACAUGGCCAGCGGCCGGUACUUGUGGAGGGCGAUGAAAGAAAGGUGAGAAGUUGGGCGUCCUCGAUGAUUUGGGGGUUUUUUUUCCGGAGUAAUUGUUCCUUCUCGUGUUGAAUUCGAACAGUGUUCCGUGAAUCGGGUUGUAAUCUUGUUGUUGCGUGCUAGAAUUCGUUUGAAAUUGUGGAUUUUUGGUUCCAGUGGUUGUUGAUUGAGAUGUGUCGAUUAUGUCGUAUCCACGUUGAUUUAGAUGUUAUACACAGAGCAUUGAUGUAUCAAACGAUUGUUUGAUUUGGUUACGUCACGGCACGUCUUCCACAUUGAGUAUGAACAAUCUGCUAAAUGGAUUUUCCAGUUUAAUUGUCUUCUUUUACUUA